CCGUUCUGUUGACAUUUGCCAGCGAAGACAGCUGUUCACACUCAGCCGAUGUAAAUAUCUACGUGAAGAAUAGGCGAAAGUUCGACCCGCCGGCUCCUCCAGCGUCAUCAAUGGUCCACAAACGGUGGAUCAUGAUCCUGUGAUGCUGCAUGGCGCUUGGAAAACGCAGGAAAAGUAGUAUUUCCACCAGAAAAGAUGGAGUUCGCCGAGUGGUUUCGUCGGCUCAAACGUAGUCUAGACAACUAUUUCACCUACCGACGAACUUUUAUAUUUGUACUGGUCGUAUGCGGCUUGAUACUUUAUUCUUUGCCUGAAGUUCUCAGACGAUUUGCCUACACAGAAGAAGAAGAUGUGGCAAUGACCUGCCUGAAGGACAGGUUGACCCCGUUCAGCCUGGACCUGGCCGAGUUGAACGCCCACGUACAGCAUUCGCCUCUAAGAGAAGGUGAAAAGGCGUUCGCGCCAUUCACGGGCAAUGGCCACUUUGGCCUAGAGACCGGCACUGACAGCAAUAUCCAUAUCAAAAAUGGAAGGACGCUUUCCCUGCCCAUCAAGUGUCAGCCGGUGGUUGAAACCCGAUUGUCCUCUGAGGAGUGGACAGAGGCGUCAGUCAUUCAGUUCGUCACAGGCACGGUUCACAAGCUGCAGUGCUCAAGCGUCGGAGUUCACGCGACGCAUCAGUUCUACGCGCACCGCAGUUCCUCGUCAGUUCUGGUGCAGGCGGUGCAGCUGACGAACCCCAGCGACUCGCCGGUGACGGUGGCGCUGCACCAGAAGGGCGUGCGCCACUGGACGGCGGCCGACGUGCGCAAAAUGAGCCUGCCGUUGAGCUCGAAGAAGAGUCAGAGCUUCACGGUCGCCACGGCCAUGGUGGACGUGCCCAGGUCUAGCCUCGACCACGUAGUAGCCGUCGCGGUCGUGCUGCAGGCAGUGCCUGAGCAGGUGCAGCUCAAUGCCCGCUCCUCCACCACCUUUGAGUUUCUCACUGCCGUCAACUACUCGGAGCCGGUGCCUCGCUCUGAGUAUUUGGAGAAGAAAAGAGAAGCGGAGCAGAGAGCUAUUGAGGCGAUGAAACAGGCGCAGUCUUACCGGUCGCGGCUGUACGAGACGCACUCGUCGUCGUGGCGCCAGUUGUGGAGCACAGGCUUCAGCAUCAGCCAGUCACUGGCUGCCGACGCGGUCAACGGUGACCAGAUCAACGCCACCACCUACUACGUCCUUUCGCACACUCCGUACAUUCCAGUUCAGCAGCGGGCCGAGCUGCAAAGAGCGCUCCUCUACUCGGAGGGCUGUUAUGGCGGCCUGCACACUUUACAAGCUCAGAAUCUGUGGACGCCGCUGACUACCAUCACUGAGGUGGAAAAUGCCGUCUCCUUGUGGCUGUUAACCCUCGAAAAGCAGGGUUGCCACAAUUUGCUGAAAGCUGGAGCCAGCGGCGUCGCAGAAGCGAUGGUUUUGAGCUUUGGAGGCCUUAGGUUCAGCAACCAGCACUUGGAAUUCAACAUCCACCCCAAGUAUCUCCACAGAGACUUCUUAUUCAGGCGUGUCAGCUACGGCAACCUGACGCACGUCAACAUCAGCGUGGUGGUGCAGGACGACAACAAAGCCGUGAUUUUGGUCUCGCUGGACAGAAGUGACAAGAAUUAUUACGCGUGCGACGCAGGCUGCCUCGACACGCCCGUGCAGUUGGGACCUGAGUACAAGACGUUCCCUGUGAAACUAACUGAGCCGCUCACAUCCAUUCUUUACAUCACUUACGACAAGCAACACAUGGAAGAGCUCCGCCACACCAUCCAUGUCCAGGAGAUCAAUGAAGCUCCUGCCCAUGAGCACCACAUCAUCGCGUUGCACAAGCACGGCCAUCACCUGGGCGGUCUGCCGACCCUCUUCUGGGUGUCAAUUUGCUUCCUGAUCCUCGUGUUCCACAUGUUUUUGAUUAAGCUGAUUUAUAACGAGUACUGUGGACCGCAGGAUCGAUACCGAGUCCGGUAUAACAAGCUUUGAGCUGUUUCUUUUGACUGGUCAAAAUUUUGCAGAUAUAAAGAACGUCACUAUUAAACAAUCUGUGAGUCUUGUGAAGUGGUAAUAAUCUGUAAGACUUAUUUAGUUGUAAAUAUCUUGUAAGCAAUAAAUGAUAAUUAUGUUACUUUAAAA